AUGAGGUCCACAAUUGUACUUGGUACGCUUGCUGCGGCGGCUUCGGCGUCGCCGGCUCUUGCGAGAAGACAGUAUGGUACCUACAAGCCGCUGGUAACUUCUGAAGCACUCCAAGCCGAUAUCACUAAAGAGGGUCUGCUGGAGGGUGCCCAGACUCUUGAGGAUUUCGCCUACGCCUAUCCUCGCCGUACUAGAAUCAUUGGCAGCGAAGCACACAAUGACACCGUCAACUGGCUCAAGGAGGAGCUCGAGGCGUUGGAUGGAUACUACGAUGUUUCAUUGCAAAACUUCUUCACCGUUGCUAUGAUUACUGGACAGAUCAACGCCUUCAAGGUGUCAGGAUCCAAUGCGUCAGCCUCGCUGUUCGAAUACUCGGCGUCGGGAAACGCGACGGCUCCUUUGGUCGUUGUAGCCAACCGUGGUUGCAAUGCGACCGAUUAUCCUGCCACGGUUUCAGGAAACAUCGCCCUCAUCUCCCGCGGAAGCUGCGAUUUUGGCCUGAAGUCUGCCCUAGCUGGCACCGCUGGCGCGGCUGCUGCCAUCAUUUACAACAAUGCAGCCGGAGAGUUCAACGGAACAUUGGGUGUCCCCCCUCGUCCCGAGGGAAACUACGUCGCGACUGUGGCCAUAAGCCAGCAGUUGGGUACUGGCUUCGUCCAAGCCAUCGCCGGGGGCGCCAACAUCACCGCGACGAUUGAUGUGACAACCGACAUCCAGAACGUAUCCACUUACAACGUACUGGCGACCACCAAAGGCGGAGACCAGAACAACAAGCUAGCGUUGGGCGCUCAUACCGACUCUGUCCUUGCUGGACCAGGUAUCAACGACGACGGUAGCGGAACCGUUGGUAUCUUGGAAGUGGCCAAGGCCCUCUCGAAAUACGAGAUCAAGAAUGCGGUUACAUUUGGAUUUUGGGCUGGCGAGGAGGAGGGCCUCCUGGGCUCUACAUACUACGUUGAGCAUCUCCCCGCGAACGAGACAGCCCAGAUUCGAGGGUAUCUGAACUUCGACAUGAUUGCCUCACCAAACUACAUCCAUGCCAUCUAUGACGGAGAUGGCAGCGCUUUCAAUGUCAGCGGCCCUCCUGGAUCUGCACAAUUUGAAAAGUUCCUGGAAGAUUACUUUACCAGCGCCGGAGAGAACUUCACCGCGACAGCGUUCGAUGGCCGUAGUGAUUACGGACCCUUCCUUGAUGUCGGCAUCCCAUCUGGAGGCACCUUCACCGGUGCCGAGGAGAUCAAGACGGAAGCAGAGGCUGCGGCGUUUGGCGGCGAGGCAGGUGUCGCCUUGGACAAAUGCUACCACGCUGCUUGCGACAACGUCGCCAAUCUUGACCUGGACGCUUUCGAGCUCCAUGGCAAGGCUAUUGCGGCGGCUGUAGCGACGUACGCGACCUCCUGGGAAGGAUUCCCUGCGAGAAACACGACGGUUGCGAGAAGGAGUGUCCCUAGGGCUCGAAGGACUAAUGAGUCUCGCCACCACAGGAGUAGGCGCUCGCAGCCUUUGAAGAAGUAG